UUCGAAACGCGGCUGACGCGAGUUUGCGUCGAGCUUUGGUCUUGAUCGCGCGUUCGUAAUAAUUUACGCGCAUCAUUAUAUUACACAGUCAAUUUUGUUGAAAUUGACGCCUCAGUGUGAUGUAUAAGUGUUGCCAGUGAGUGUACGAAACUUUUCCAAGAGUGAUAUUUGCAUCGGGAAAAUGAAAAGGUGCGCGUCCGCGAAUUCUACAUCGCGAUGCAGCGUUGCCCCUACAUCCACGAGAUGAAGGAGCGGCUGCUUGGCGCACCAGCUGACGGAAUCGAACGUGACAAAGAUCAAUCCCGUGAUCAAGUGGAUCACGCCCCACCCCCACCAGACACCCAGGUCGGCACCAUCGUCAAACUGAAUUCCGACGGGUACGGAUCACAUACUUCGCCGGCACGCGCUCCACUCGUCACUGACGAGUGUGAGGUGCCGGCGGAUGAAACUGAUGCCCUGACACCCACCGAGGCAAUACUACGGUAUAGAGCCUGCUGCCAGCCCAAUACAAGACCUAAAAAUGCCAAAACAUCUCUGUUCAUCAUCUCCAGCUUCAUCUACGCGAAGCUAUUGGUGGUUGUUUGCAUUGCCUAUGUCAUCAGCGAUGUGAUAACCCAUAACCUUCCCCUCUACUAUUAUGAGGGUUUCUUCACGUACCUCUACGGAAUGAGUAUUCUCUUCCUAUUGUACGUCUUCUGCUUCUUACUUCAAGAAAGUUCAUGCUGUAACGGAAGUCCUCCCAAGCCGAAACCACCGCCAAAGGAAAAGAAGCCGAAGAAAGAGAAGGAAAAGAAAACCAAAGAAACAAAAGAUGGUAAAGAUGGAAAGAAAGAUAAGAAAGACGGAAAAGCCAAGGACAAAGAUAAGGAAAUGGAUAAAUCAACCAAAGAUAGCAAGAAACAAAGCUUCCAGGAGGUGUAUCCCCGUAAGAUGCGUGAUAAAGUUCGACAACAGGAAAUACAAAUGGCGCUAUUGUAUGCCUCCGAACAGCAACAAGACGUCGUGGAGCUCGAGGCAGGCCCUGUCGCUAGACCAGUACGCAGGCGCAAGACAUCGCAGAAUGAUCACAGCCAUGGCAGUUUCUUCCUUAGAAUAGGAGCUAUAGCUUUUGGUCUCGGAACAAUGAUUUAUAAUGGGCUGGAGUUCGGGACAUUCUUUGAACUACCGCUGACAUCUCCGUGUUAUCUUAUCUUGAAAGGAGUAAACCCCGUUUUACAAAUGGUUUUCACUUUCAUGCAGAUGUAUUUUAUUUUUAUGAAUUCUCGUCUAAACAUUCAUCGAUUCAAAGUUAUCGCUCGAUUCGGUCUGAUGCACGUGGUCGCAACUAACAUCUGCGUUUGGAUUCGCACCUUGGUACUCGAAUCUCUGAAGGAAAUCACAGACUACCACUUAAAGAAUCCUCAAGGAGUGUCCGGAGAAGGCGUACUCGGAAUUAAAACUGUAUUAAAAUUUGCAGAAGCCAUUCGUAAGCAAACUUUGAGACAUGCUGGUCGUGUUCUUGGUGCUGUAACGACGGCUGCUACCACUGUUGCAUCUACUGCGACCACUACCGUUAAAUCCGCAGUAAUUACAGCAGCAACGUCUACCGCUUCGACCCCGACUACAACUCUAACCACCACUACUCAUGCCUCAUAUUACUUUGGUGGUGGUGGAGGUUUCACUCCUAAAUCAAAGUUCAUCGACGUAAUAAAGAGUACGAUAGGGUACGACAAGCAUCAAAACCACGGUCUUAGAGGUUCGUGGCCGAAUGAUAACCCGUUCACCACGUACGCAUCGAUCACACCCGGGACGAAACCGACCCAAACUGAGACAGCCAUGUUGGAAGUUUUCCAAUGGCUGUACACUUCUACGGUGAAACCUAUUGUUAGUACGGUAUCCAAUUUGGUGCCCCCGACCCAAGAGAGUUUUGGAUAUGAUAGAGAUGUUUGGGGCAAUAGUGUCGAAACUUAUCGUGUCGAUGAACCACCACAUUCAGCAGCGGACAAUGCAUCAGAAAUAUUUGAGUCUUUCGAUACCUUAAACCCGGCUGCCUUGAUCGCUAAUAUUGAUAAUACGAGCGUGUGUGGAAGGAAUCCGAUAAUGGGAACUAUUGUCAGUGACUCCGCGCCAUAUCUUUACCCCUUCAUCAUUGAAUAUUCUCUCAUCGGCGCCGCAGUUAUCUACGUCAUGUGGAAGCAUAUUGGCCGCUAUCCCGGAGUUGCCAAUGACGAAGAUCUGGAAAGACGUCUGGAGGCUGUUCUAUCCCGCAGGGCGGCAGCUAUGGCAGCGGCGCAACGCGGCAACCGCGUAGACUGCGCAGGCGCAUCUAAAGGCCUCUUCUGCGGUUUGCUGUUCUUGGUGGCAUCACUCAUCUGCUUGAUUCUCUUCUUCGUGCUGAUCAGACACCAAGAUUUCAAGCGUUUAUCGAUUUAUUUGGCGGAUGUGUCUCACUGCGCUCUGAUGGUGCUUUCUAUUCUGGCAAUUCUGAUUGGAUUUAUACGUGGUAGUAAAAUGAAAUGGAGCGCAGAUCCUCCCUCCUAUACCGAGCCUAUUCACAGGGUGCAAUCGUUGAAGUUCCGUUCUGAAGAGCAGUCGGACUUGAACGAUAUCCUCCUUCGCGUGUCGGCGUUUGGACUGUUCACAUAUGCCGUGUUCAGUGUGAUUGCUGGUGGAAUGGGAGCCUUCACCCACGAACCAAACCUUCUUGUAAUGAUCACCGGAUGCUUGAGCGUACUACAGGUUAUUCUUCAACUACUCUUCAUUGCGGAUGUCUCAAGACGUCGAGUACAUCUUCCAGAACAAGAGCGCAGCAAACCAGCCCGUCAAGCCGUCACCUUCCUGCUCAUCUGCAACGUAACCAUGUGGCUCAUAUACACCGUCGAGGCUCAGAAAGUUCUGGCUAACCCGGUCCAAUUGGACUUCUACGGAUUCGUCGCCUGGUCACUCGUACAACGAUUCACUCUGCCACUCUGCAUAUUCCAUCGCUUCCACUCCGCAGUGACCCUCGCCGAGAUCUGGAAGACCAGCUACAAAGCUCGACUUGAGUGAAUUCCCAUUCAUUAAAAUGGAUAUAGUAAGAUAUUGGCGAUAUAUAUGAGGGUUUUACCGAUUUCGUCCUCAUCCGGGACAGCAAUUGUAGUUUUUCGAUUUCAGUCUAGGUAUAUUUAGCGUAGGUAGAACGUCAGGUUAAACUCCCGGGUAUAGCCUUUGAGGAACAUUCAAAUCACAUUCCACUUACAGUUUUAUUUCCAAGACUGAUGAACAUUUAAUACGUAUAUUGCUCAUAAAAACGAAUCAGAAUUUGUUGUGAAUUGUUCCCUCCUUAAACCAUCUUGAUAAAUUUGACAAUAUUUUCAUUAUCAAUAAAUUUCGUUUAAAAAUAAACUACCAAAAUAAAACUCGGUUAUGAAGUAAUUUAGUUUUAAAAAUUAAAAAUUACACGCGAUUUCGUACGGAAACGUGUACUUACAGUAUUGGGUGGUUGAAAUACUUCCAUACAGUCUAACGGCAACUUAUAAAUAAUUAAAUACCUAAAUUAAACAUCUUAAAGGCUCUUUGUUAAUACGGAAUAGAUAAAUAUGAGUGGAUCCAAAAAUCUUCGAGAUAAGGUCGUUUUUUCACAGCUCAGUGCUAACUCCCACCUUUUUUGUGGCUCCACUCAAAACCCAAAAAAAUUGAAUCUACCAUUAUUAACAAGGUAUCAAGAAAGUUAUCAAACGUAACGUAUUAAUAAUGGCCAUUAAUUUCUAAGGCCGUCAACAAACACGACGUUCUCCAAUUUAAUAAAGUAGUUGCGUAAGCAUUAUAAUAUUAAAGUUUCAAAAAUUUAUUAGCCAACAUAUUUGAGAUAAGUAGAAUAUGGAUGUUACGUACGAAUAGUAUUUAGAUGAUGUAAGUACUUAAUAAGCAGAACACCAAAACACAAAAAUUGCAGGAAUAUAACAGGAACUGCUUAACCACAUUGAGUAUAAAUAUUUUGAUUGCAAGGGGCCAUACAAUACAAUUUUUUUAAUACAUCGCUCACAUUUUAUAAGCACUAUAUUUAGCGUUGAAAUUGUAUAAAUCUAGUAUUGUAUUUGCUGAAAGGGUAAAAUUUAUUGUUGACGUUUUGUGUAAAUUACGCCGAUCUACGAACGAGAUAAACAAAAUUAUAUAAAAUUCUGUUGCAUGAAAUGUCUUUACAAAUAUUUUCGUAACAACCUUUAUGUGCAAUCUAUUUUUAUAAGCUGUCUAUAUAAUUUACUUAGGCACUGUACCUAGAAUGAGUUUAUUAUUGUAUUAAUUAAACGAAGGCGUCAAGCGCUAUAUCAUUAUGUUACGUACGGAUUGUGUAUAAAUAGAUCUUAAAAUAUUAUUUAAUAAUAUAUUUAUUUAAAAUUUAAGGAUCUGAUUACAGUUUCGGAGAGUGUGUGCUCACCUUGUGAGAUGCGAGUGAAUGUAGUUUUGAGUGGAUUAUUAUAAUACAAAUUUUAGAUGAAAUUAAAAUUGGCGUCAAAAAUUAUAGCCUAUCCUUUGAGAAGGCUACGCGGUGAAUGUUCGAUAUUAAAGAGAUUGCGUGUUUGGCUUGGUUUUAUCACUGCCGGUAUUUUUAACACUUAUUAGUAAGCCCUUUUAUAACUCUAUACGAUUUCUAACUUAAAUUUUGUAGGUAAUAUUUACUGUGUACCUAAAGUUUGGAAAAUGUACCGAUAUUUGUAUCUUAGGUUUAUCAAAUUAUGUGGUUUUCUCGAUGUUAAAUUAGAUACUUACCAAAAAUAAAUGUUUGGAAUCUCUACUUUAAAAUAUUAUAAAAAAAUGUCUAUUUGCGUAAAUUAAAUAAUUAAUGAUAACAAUUUA